GACCAUUUUCCAAAUGACUCCUUGGACAAGUCAAUUCCCAACAAUAGACGGUACAAUCCAUUGUUCGAAGAUCCCCAGUUUCCCGCAUCUCCAUUCCUAAGUCCAAUCGAUAUGUCGACCGAUGUCGUUCGCAAGCGCGGGCGUCCACGCAAAAAUCCCAUCGACCCCCCCUCCGCCACUCCAGAGCAACCCGCCAAUCCGGAUCAGAUACCCGUACCGGUAACCACAAAGCGCAAAGCCUCGACGGCGGCAAGCAAGGCGACGUCAAGCAAGACAGCAUCAAGCAAAACGGUAUCCGGCAAGACGGCAUCAAGCAAAACGGCAUCAAGCAAGACGCCAUCAGACAAGACGACGUCAAGCAAGACCACUCCAAGCAAGACAGCAUCAAAGUCCACGACGCCCAAGUCCCCGAAAGCAACCAAAUCUUCCAAGACCGCGCCCCAGGUACCCGAGUCACAGGCUGCGACCGAAUCGCCAAUCCUCCAGCAAGUGGCAGCCAAGGAGGCCGCUCGAACCAGCAAGGCCAAAAUAUCGAAUGACGAGAAGCCGAAGAGCAAGGGGACGGAAAUCCCACCGGAAGAUAUCAAGGAGUCGACAAUAGCCCCUGCAAAACAUACCACCUCACCACCGAAACCGGACGUCCAACCGCUCUCGCAAUCCACGAAGUCCGUCCCUAACAGCGUGGAAUCUCCACAGCAGCCAUCGACAUCGUCUGUAUCGGCCAAUACCUCCGCCUCGACAUCAGCUCCGCAGGUCAUGAAAUCGCCUCCCCUCCCCACCUCACGACCUUUAAAUCCGGUAUCCUCCCCAUUCACCUCGAAAUACGCCCCCCCCGCGGCCCCCUCCCCCCCUCUGAAGCCCUCAUUCGGCGACCGCUUCUUCGGCCGGCCCCCGCCCGGGUCACCCAAGCAGCCGAUAAAUGCCGAGAAGUUAAAGAGAGCAAAGCGAAGGUACGAGGCCGAGGCCGAGAUCUCGUCGACGAGGCGAAUGCCGUGGGCUAAUUUAUAAAUAGGGUCCUGAUGAUGUAUAUCGCCAUCCCGGUGUUUAUCGCGACGACGCCGAUCAUGUAUAAACGCGGUGAGUAGGGAACCCAGAUUACACGUUCUUCGUGUGAUGGGACGAAACCAUGCUGAUUUCUGCCGCCAUAGUGAUCUUGAAGGAGGAACCCAGGACGGUUGGCGAACGACCGUUUGAGAUCGUGAAGCACCCCGAAAUGGAACGGGAGGCGGAAAAGGGAACGCGGUUGGAGUAGCCGAAAGCCUCGACGACGGUUUGGAUACGAGACUUACGGGCACAUGACUCGAGAUGUUCAUAUGGCAUGAGAUGGAGCAUCUGUACAUAGAUGAUCAAAAGGGUAAAGCACUGUGUAUAAACAAUGGUGAUCACGACUCAUUAUAUUGUCAAACCAGA